AUGUCCACUCCCUGGGUCGAAAAAUACCGACCCAAAAAGCUGGAUGAGGUCUCUGCUCAGUCCAACGUCAUCAGAGUCCUGUCUAAUCAACUCAAAUCUGCGAAUAUGCCUCAUUUACUCUUCUAUGGACCACCAGGAACGGGUAAAACGUCCACAAUUUUGGCCAUGGCACGGGAGCUUUUCGGCCCCCAGUUGAUGAAAUCAAGGGUACUAGAACUAAACGCAUCCGAUGAAAGGGGAAUAUCAAUUGUGAGGGACAAGGUCAAGAACUUUGCUAGAUUAAGCGUCACAAAUCCCACCCCCGAGGAUAAAGAGAAUUACCCAUGUCCCCCAUACAAACUGAUUAUUCUAGAUGAAGCAGACUCCAUGACUUUUGAUGCCCAAAGCGCGCUGCGACGAAUAAUGGAGAACUAUUCACACAUUACUAGAUUUUGCAUUAUCUGUAACUAUAUCACAAGAAUUAUAGACCCAAUAACUUCCAGAUGUUCCAAGUUCAGAUUUAGUCCUUUGAACAGUGCAAAUUCGUUGGCAACUUUGAAAAUGAUAAGUCAAUCAGAGGAGCUCGACAUCGAUGACGAUAGUCUAACCCAAAUUCUAGACAUUUCCAACGGAGAUUUAAGGAAAUCUAUAAACUUUCUUCAGACUGGUCAUAAGCUGUUUGGAGAAGAUAGCAUAGAGAAUAUUGCAGGUCUGAUUCCUCAGAAUUUGGUACAAUCCCUGAUAGAGACUCUUCAAUCAAAAAAUUUAAACAAGAUCUACGAAUUUCUGUACAUGCUGGUCUUGAAGAGCUACAAUAGUGCAACUAUCUUGACCUCAUUGCAUUCAUGUCUUCUCUUAAAGAAUAUUUAUCUCAACUCAGAGCAAAAAAUUGAGGUGUCAAGAAUUCUAUAUGAGACUGACUCUAAGCUGUCGAGCGGUUCAGAUGAGUUCAUACAGAUGCUAAAUCUUUUCUUACAGCUCUCAAAAAUUUUCUAG